GUGUGUGUGUGUGUGUGUAUCAAAGUGCACAGUCACGUGACAGUUGACAGUUUCAGGAAGUCUUGCUGUGAGAAAUCUAAUUACAAGACAUGGCGAGCGGAUGUGUGUUACUGUGCAUCAUGUUGGUGUCCAGUGUGACAGGCGUACUUGCUGCAGCUCAGCCUGGUUUCAUAGAGAGCCUCCUGUUGGCCGCUAAUCAGCGUCCUUGGCUGUGGGGUGUUUACGUAUUCACUGUCGGACUUCCCAUCAUUCUCUUCAUUAGCUUCAUGUGGCCUGAUAAGAGGUUUGGUCCUCCUGAUCAGCCGUAUUACUACAUAACAUCUGAAGAUGAUCGGCAGGUCGACCCUGAAUCCUCUCAAAGGACAGAAUCACCAAAUAUCAAAGGGCAGGCUGACAGAGGGAGGCGGAGAGGAACCCACGGGAAGUCUGACUAGGACCUGCAGGUGGAACUGACACUAACAAUAACUUGCAACGAGUCCUGCACGUCUCAAAUCAACAUGCAGAUCCACCUUGCGGGGACCCCGAGUGAAAAACAAGGGAGCAGCUGAAGGGACUUAUUUUUUUUCUUUAGAAAACAUGAACAUUUCCAAGUCGUUGAAUAUGUCUUGGACUGAGUUUUCAUUCAUCAACAAGUACAAUCAGUAUGUUACUGUAUGUGCAGGCAGAUCUCAGACCUGAGUGGUUGUACAAGCACAUCUUCAGUGUUUGAUUUCAACUCCACCGUGGUGGUGUACAGGGGCCAAAUGGCCAAAAUGAAUUCCUAAAAAUAAAAAAAAUAAAAAAAAAAGGACCCAUGUACAGGAAGUUUCUGUCUGGCCCAAAUACUUAUGGACCAGACAGAAGCUU